AUGGGAUUUUCCAAUGGAAGAGAUAAUGCGAUAAUAUCUCUCAACCAAAGCAAAUACCCCGAAAAUAAUCCUUUUACACUUAAGCAAAAUCACACUAAGUACAAGUAUCAUAUUAUUAAUAAAGAAUUUUAUCCACUCCAAAAUAAAAUACACUAUACUUCAGCAACUUCUCAUAGUGGUAAUAAAUAUAAAAUUCUAGAAGGUUAUUUAGUUCAGACAAGCUGGGGAAGAAGCAAGUCACACCAUAUAGUAGAAUAUGAAAUAGAGUAUGAACAGGAUGGACUGGUUUUUAUAAUAAGAUUUGAAGAAAAUUCUCUACAAUAUGUGUUAAAAUCAAAAAAAUCUCCAACUGCAGUUGCUAAUGAUUAUCUGCAAAAAAAAUAUUCUGACACUCAUGUGACAAUUUCCGGGAUCCAUAUAUUUGGUCUCAAUGUCACGGACGUGGACCGAGAGUGUAAUAAAAAAAAAAGGCGGUCUCUUUCUUUUAAACCAUUUAAUGAACUGAGCGAAUCUAUGAAAACCAAAAGAUCUUGCGCAUUUUCUCUAUAUAUGGGCAAAUCUUUUGAUUAUGAAGUUCCAAAAUUUUUUAAUUCACUUGACAACCCGAAUUUACAAGAAAUAAAAUUCAACAUUCAAGAUAAAAACUAUGUAAUCAACUAUAAUAAAUAUGAUAAAGAAAAUGACGAUAGAUCUCUUGACCCAUUUUUGAAAGUUAUCGACCAGGGCCCAAUAUCUCAUCAUGCUUAUCGUAAACUAGCUGUGAUUCAACCUGAAUUACCAUGA